AUGUUGUCCACUUCUCUCGUCUUCAGCCACCUCGCACUUAUCUCCUUAGCUCGGGCAGCAUACAGUAAUCACGCCUCAGAUAUUAUCUCAGUUUAUUGGGGUCAAAACUCUCUACAACACGCCAAUGGUACAUUAUCGCAAAAACGCUUAUCAAAUUAUUGUAAAAGUAGUGAAUUACAGCUCAUCCCCAUUAGUUUUAUGUCGAGUUUUGGCAAUGAGACAGUGAAUCUAGCCAACUCAGAAGGAGCUUGCUUGCAAGUAAAUGGCACGCAUCUGGCUUUUUGUCCGGAAAUGGAAAAAGAUAUAAUUGAAUGUCAAGAGGUCUACAACAAGACCAUCACACUCUCCCUCGGCGGUUCGGCCUACACCGGAGGCGAAUUUUCCUCCGUCGAUGUAGCUAUUGCUGCUGCCGAUAAGAUAUGGGCAAAUUUUGGACCACCCUGUGAAAAUUCUACAUCUCGACUCUUCGGAAAUGCAAGCAUUGAUGGCUUUGAUUUUGACUUUGAAUCUAGCGUCAAUAAUACGGUACCGUUCGCCAAUCGCUUGCGUAGCUUAAUGGAUGACUCGACGAAAAAAACUGGACGCCAGUAUUAUUUGACAAGUGCACCCCAAUGCUCUUACCCAGAUAAAAAUUUUGGACCGCUCCUUGAUAGCUCUGUUCGUUUUGAUAGGGUUAUGGUACAAUUUUACAACAACUAUUGCGGCGCGAGUUCCUUUCUGCCAGGCAACGAGACACAGACAACUUUCAACUUUGCUCAAUGGGAUAAUUGGGCCAAGACAGUGUCUUCGAAUCCCGACGUCAAAAUCAUGUUGGGCCUCAUCGGCGGUGAUCUUCCCCCGAAUACGGGCUUCGUCUCAGGAGAUCAGUUAAAAUCAGUUAUUAAUUAUGCCAAAGGCUUCUCUUCUUUUGGUGGCGUCAUGCUCUGGGAUAUGACGGUGGUCUACAAUAAUACAGACGUCUUCAAAACUGCCAUGAGCGCGCUCGGUCGAGAUACUCCACGCAUUGAGCCGGUUGCCAUCGCCAGUCAGCCAGAAAUCAUUGAGUCAUCCCGAAAAACAUCAAUGUCGUCGAAAAAUUGGCAGAAUAGCGAGUUUUGGUUGUUUUUCUUGUUUGGACUUCUAUUUGUUGCCGUUUAA